AUGGUUCGGCACGCAAUACUAAAAAGCAAAGACGUUGAUGAAAUCAUAGAAAACUUGUCGCGUUUGGAUGAUCAAGAAUUUGAUAUACACGUGGAGCAUCAUAGCAAGUAUGUUUUCAACGAGAAGCGUAUCAAAUUUAAGCAGACUUACAACGAAGUAAUCAAUUUAUAUAAGCAAGAAAAGCGAGAAGAUAAAGUAAAGGAGUUGGAACAAAAAAUGCUUCAAUACGAAGCAGAGAGAGCUCGAAAAAUACAACAGUAUAAUGCAUUGCGAUUUUCGCUGGAAGCUAACCCUGUAGAAAUUCCAUUGCCAGAUGGCAGCUCAAUACCUAAUGCAGCAAUGACACCUAUAAUACCUGUCAUACCGGUCCAAUUUUUGAUGCCGCAAGCACGAGCUGGUAUUCUAAAAAAUUCACACAUCACUCGGGAUAUAAGCGACCGAACAGAACCACCAGGACCUCCUUGCGGUCUGCCACCACUAAUUGGUUAUGAAGAUGAUGAAGAUGAAACUCCCUCUAAAAGACGCGUACGCUUUGAGGAAGACAUUUCACACAGCUUUAUAAGGGACGGUAUCGAAGCAGCUGAUGAUGAUUUUGGGCCUGUUGAAAUUCCCAUGGAAGUGUUGCAACAUAGCCAAAUGGCCGAUAUCGACAGUACGAGAUCUAUACCCAUACUGGCACCUAUCAUUCCGCAACAACCUUUGUUACGUGCACCGCCGUUACCUCCCAACAUGUUGCCACCUCCUCCUCGUCUUCCCCUUCGUGUUCCGCCUCCUCCACCUCACUUUCGAAUGCCGAUCCCAUUUAUACGUCCAUCAGGAACCAGUUCUGUAAUAUCGGCAGAGCCAGUAGUUCGACGAACAGGAGGGACUCCAAUGAAAGAUAGCGGAGAAGCUACAAUUUCAGCAGAGCCAAAAUUGAGAGACUUGACAAAAGAAGUUACAAAACUCGUACCAACAGCACUUCGAAUUAAUCGAAGCAAGCAUCAACCAAAAAAGACCAUCAACAAAUUCAAUAUGAUGGGAAUACAGAUCGAAUCAGCACAAAGGAAAGAAGCAAAAGAUACAGACGAGGCUUAUGCUGAUUUUAUGAAUGAAAUUUCUUCUCUUUUAUAA